AUGGAGGCCGAGAAACUACCAAAAGCACGUCAAGGGUUUUGGAAGACGCCCAACUUACGCGACACAAAAGAUUUCUUCGUCCUCGGAUGUUUUGGUACUCGUGGUUCUGACUCAUCUCUGUCACGUAUGACAGAGAUCCCAUCGCCGUUGAAAGAUUCCCAAGAGGCCUCACAGGAAACCUCGCCCUCUGCUUCUCCAAACGAACACAGAACGCCUGCCACCGAAAGCCACUUCCAACCAAUGUGGGAUGGACCAACCAUAGAUUCAAGCAUUUACAGUCCAGCAUACUAUGAAACAUUUCGGCGUUGGAACCCUGCCGACUUGGCCUACUUUCUCAUGAUCACCUGUUUACAUCUGUUCAAACACAUCAGCGUGGAGGCAGCCACACUUUGCUUGCAUUUGAUAGGUUCAGUGUCCUCCAUCAACCCCGAGAAACCAAAGUCUUCGAAGGUCGUAGUGCCAAAGACCAUGAGUACAUUUCUGGAUGGACUACGAAUUGAGCCCAAGAUCCGCCGAACAGCGUUCGGAAUGAAGUCUGUCUCACAAUCUCCCGACGACGAGAAAAUCGUGGACGCUGGCGAUGCCGAAGGCUCAGAUACCGAGACGGUAGCCCAUGAUGUUUGUGUGAUGGAUGGGUCAGAAGACGCAGGAUCAGAAGAUUCCUCACUCACGUCUUCACUCCCAGCUGCAGGACUUAUAUCAGCAGAUGAUGAUGACAUAUUGAUGUUUGCACUCCAAAAAUUGGAUUUAGAGAGCGAAACCUUUCCCGAGACAUCCCCCAAUCAUGAUCAAACAAGGGAACAGCAUGCAGAUGGCUUUUCAGACGACGACACAUUGGACGAAGACUUUUCUGACUAUGAAGAGGCUUGUGGAGAUGAGCCUGGUUUCGAAUUCUUCAACAAGAAUCAAAAUCUGGCAACGUUGCAAGAUAUCACAAAGAACAUAAGCCUUCCUUCUUGGAUUGGACGCGUACCUAGUACGGUAGGAAUGCGGAAGGGUGGUAAAUUGAAGGCAGACGAAUGGGUAGUUCUUUUCCAGGUCAUGAUCAUUCCUGCUAUAAUUUCUGUCUUGAACGAAGAAGACGGUGCUACGAAUUUUACAGACCGAGAUUUCGGAAACAGCAUUGUCAUGUAUCAGUCCGAAGAUACGCGCCGAACAACGACAUAUCGAUGGGGACGAAUCAACGAGAUCUUCAUCACCAAACCUGGGCCGCAAAACAAUCCAAAGGCCCAACUGUGGUUCGAAGUGCUCCAAUUCUCUGAGCUUCGAACCGCCGAGAAAGCCAAGCAUGGACUUGACAAUUGGCCAAACGCCAGAAUGACGGUUGUGUACCAAUCUUCAAAAAAAAAGGAUCUGGUGCGAGUUGAUGAGCUUGUUGCUCAAGGAGUGGCUUGGGACACUCCUGAAGGAUGUUUUGGGAUCAAGCAGCCAACCACACUAAUCAUCAAUUUGAGCAAAUUUUUCUGCAAUCAAACUUGUUAG